UGAAAUUGAAUCACAAAUUUCGUCUUGUACCAGUUGAUGAAGAAAGUGCUAACAUUUCCAACUUUGAAGAAGAAUUGAAGAAGUUGCGAGAUAGUACAAAGAUUCCCGAUUAUAAAAAGGCUGGAUUAUACGAAGAUUUGAUUGCACGUUUACGUAACUAUCGUGAAAGCAUCAAUACUCCACCUCUUAUUCAAGUUGCUGAUCAAACUCGAUUUAUUGUACCAGAUUACCCGUUACCCGACGAAUUUCCCGAUUUGUGGUCUAGACUUCCAGAGGUUCGCAGUACCGAGAAGGGUGAAUUGGUGCUCAGUGAUCAAGUUAUACCCAAUACUAGUGUCAAGCAAUUACUAGACUAUGCUCUGAAUAAGAGUACAAAGAAACCAAACGGCUACGAAGUUUUGGAUAGUUUUCUCAAGAGUAAAGGAUUGGACAUUGAGGCAGCACGCGAAAUUAUCAACAAGCCUGACCCAGUUCAAGUAAAAGCUGAACAUUUGGACGUGAAAGAGGAACCUUUAGAUAAAAAACUUGCUGUAUCUGUUAGACAACGAAAAAUUGGAUUGAAAAGUACUGUGCGUAAAACACCGGCAGCAUCGAAAAGUAGCUUGAAACAGG